AAGAUUCAUAUUAGGAGCAGAAUCCAGAAGGAUCAAUGUCGUGUCACAAACCAAGGCGCCUAGUAAGUUAGUAACUUAGUAUAAAUGCCAAAGUAAAAAACCUUAACGUUACUCAACUCAACCCAGGAAGUUCCUAUUUUUUCCACAUGCCAAUGUUAUUUGUUGUAUUGGGUAUUGUGGGUACUUACUUGAGCGUUUAAUCUGUGAAUUCACGUGCAUUUCUGAAGCUAAAGAGUUUUGGGUUCGUUCUCUUGAAUGUUUAUAGAGAGUGAGAGAGGCAAAGAGGUUGUUUUUUCAGUUAACAGUUUUCCGUUAUGGGUGAAUCAACGACUUGUCUUGUGCGAUCUUUCUCUACUCCUUCUGACACUAGUUGCGUGGUUCAAGAGGGAAACCCUAUGCGUAUGCUUGGAGAAUCUAUCUCUUUUGGAAGGUUUAUAACAGAAGGCCUUGAUUGGGAGAAAUGGUCAGCAUUCUCACACAAACGCUAUGUAGAAGAAGCUGAAAAGUAUUCGAAGCCGGGUUCGGUGGCAGCGAAGAAAGCUUACUUUGAGGCUCAUUACAAGAAGAAGGCUGCAGAGAGAGCAGCUGCAUUGAUCCAAGAAGCAAAUUCUCAAGCUAAUGGAACUUUUGAUUCGAAAACUCUGGAAGGAAACUGCACUGACAUAUCCACUGAGAUGAAUUCAAAAGCAGACAAUGUUGUGAUUGUCAAUGAACAAGAAGAUAAAGAAACUGUUAAUUGCCAAGUUGUUGAAUGUGCUGAUAUGAACCAAUACAAAUGUGACUCUGGACAAAGUGAUUUAGUCAUUUCCAAUGUGGAAGGAACCGAGGAUGUGCCACAUCCUCACGUUGAUACAAAUCUCAAUAUGGAAUGUUCUGCUCUUGUUGAUAAUUCUAACCAGUUUCAUCAUGUUGAAGUUCAUAAUUCUAACCUGGUUGAUCAUCACACCGUUGAUCGGGAAGAAAAUUCUUCAAAAUUAUCAACUGAAACAAUGGCGGCCAAACGUCCUCAUUCUCUUGAUGAAGGGAAGGUUGCUGUAGGUGUAUCACUCAGUAGUGAAAUACACAAUGGUUCAAAAGGUAAGAAAUCUGAUGGAGACUUGGUUGAGAAGAAGAGACCAAAUGCACGGUCGCUUCGCAUGUCAAUAAAUCUUCCCUCUGGCACUGGUGAAAAGUGCAACAAAGUUGCUGCACUUUCACAGUCCAGAAAUGGCUUAAACAAUUUUUCAACAAGUAAGAAGUCUGUUGGAGGCUCAGUUGAUAAGAAGAGAAUAACUGCGCCAUCACUUUACAUGUCGAACAAUCUCCCUUCCGGCACGCGUGUAACGAGCAAAACAGCUACUUCAGCUGUUAAACCCAGAAAUGGAACAAACUUUGCUGCAAGAAGUAUGAAAUCUAUUGGAGAUUCGGUGGAGAAGAGACCAACUUUAAGGUCACUCAACACACACUACAUGUCGAUCAAUCUCGCUUCUGGGCUAGGUGAAACAAGUAAAACAACUUCAGCAAUUGAACAGAAUAGAAUUAAGAAAAUUCAUUCUCAUUUGCCGAAAGAUAAUCCAUUGGCAUUGAGAACAUCAACUAAGGCAUCUCGUGGUUUAUUAAAUCAAGCUUCAGCAAGUCCACUUUCUCAGGGUAGAAGGACUGAAAGACUACGUAAUAAAUCUGUAUCUGGAGGUGUUACAGCAAAUGCAAAACUUUCCCCCUCCGUCGCUGUCGACUGCCUGACAUCUUCAAGCACCACCAAAAGCAAUCCCCGAUCAGCUACCAUAUCUUCGCCUUUCAGAUUCAGAAGUGAAGAAAGAGCAGUAAAACGCAAAGAGUUCUUGCAGAGGAUGGAUGAAACUAAAUCCAAAGAAGAAGAGAAAGUUCAGCUGCAAAGGACUCCCAAGAGGAAAACAGAGCAUGAUCAUCACAAGAAGCUGAGGAAGAGCAGUGGCUCCACAUCCAAACUAAAUGAGGACAUGCCUGGUGGAUCACAAUCACCAAGUAAUCAGAUUAGAAAGAUUUCUCAUGCACUGCCCCGGUCACCAAAACUUGUGAAAAAAGCAAGUUCUAGUACAGUCCAUGACAAAAGCUUAGGAAAUUCAUGGAAGCCUCCAAUGUGCACCAAUAAUUCCAAACGUACAACAGAAAAAGUUAACCGAACAAGAAGGCAAUCAGUGAUUUCAUUAUCAAAUACCGCAACAGAAAAUGCUUCUCCAAAUAUUCAGCAUUGGAACAUGAACUUGUGUUUUGAAGAAUAUGCUGUCAAAGAAACUGAAGCCACUUGAGUUUUGACAGCAUCAAGUUUGUAUUAAACAAUGUGAUUAGGAGAGUUUUAUAUCCUGAUGUCUUCUCACAUUUCAAAGAAAAAUUUUGUAGUCUUUUUUUUCCCUUAGUUGUUAUGUCUAGGCUUCAAUAAGCUUUGACUUGGGAGCAUAUAGAGUUAGAAUUUAAGUCUGUAAUUACAAUUGGUUUAGGCAAUUUAGUAUAUACGUAAAAAGGGUAAACAAAAUAUGUAUUAUCUUUAGUUACAUUACUUCGCAUGGAUAAACUUUACCUUUGUAAUUCACCACUUUGUUACCAACCAUUCAAAUAUCAAGUGUUCAGGACAAUGAUAUGAAUAUUUUUAUGUGAGCGUGUUUGAAGAAUUUUACCCGUACAUAAAAGCGCGGUUCACGGAUGUGUGACGUUCCUUUUUUACUUUUUGUUCGUAGACUAUAAAGGGUACUUUUUUUCUGAAAAGAAAAAAGUGUUCAUUCUUAUUAAGAUAAGAAAAUGAUGGUUAAAACUUGAGCAUUUAGUACCUUCACUGUUGAAAAAACUCUCUAGUUUCUCUGUUUUAACGUUUUCUGCUCAUUGCUUGGUUCUGCAACUACGCUUCCAACCACUUGAUGUACGGUUAGUUCCUGUGAUCUAUGCACGUGGCUUCUAGUUUCCAAUCAGUACUUGUAUAUGAUUAUAUAUGAAAGUUCCCAAAAUCAGGACUUUCCAUGUGUUUAAAAGGAGGCAAUCUAUUGUUUGAACUCUAAUGUACAACUAAAUAAUUCCUUCUUCCGUACAUUUUAUAGGAGAAUGUACCAUAAUAACACUUUUGUUACACUCUUUUUGAUGCACUAUUGUUAGGUAAAUUUAUUGUUUCUUUCGCCAAAUAAAUUGAGUUCAUUUUAAUUUAGUGAGACACAUUAAAUUCAUUCAAUGAUAAUCAGUAUGUUGAUCAUCCAUUGUUACUAGCACUUUUAUGUCUGGUUUUUUCUAAAGCAAGAAUAACAAUAAGAAGGAAGCAAAGUUAUUAAUUAAGCUCAAUAUUUGUAAUCACCCAUUUUUGUACAUACUACAAUAUCCAAAAUCCUUGAUGAUCGGAAAAAGAAUACCCCAACCCUUGAAGUUGAAGUUCUUCAAUAAAGAUGUAGUUAACUACAAGAAACAUUUAAGUGUCUUUCAUGCGUGAAUUUUGAUUUUUGUUG